UUCGGCACACGUGCUGCGAAAGAGUAAUCGGAGUACUGCAAUACAAUCCAAACAAUGGUGUUCACGUCGAUUGUGAACUUUGUGCGCGCUCGGGGACCAGAUGAGUUCUGGCGAAAGCGUAAAAUCUUCAAACUAAGCGCACACUAUAUCGGGCGCCGGCGAAAUUGUUACUCCAUAGCGAUCCGCAACGUACAUCGUGCGCUCGCAUACGCCACUAAAGGACGCGAACUCAAAAAGCAGGACAUGCGAGAGCUAUGGGCUCAGCGAGUAAAUGCCGGUAGCGAACAACAUGGUUUGCAGUUUGCAGACUUCCAGUACGGUCUCUAUCGGAACGAUGUCCUGCUGAACCGCAAGGUACUGGCGGAUUUGGCCAUCUGGGAACCGAGAACGUUCGAGGCGCUGGCAAAAAUAAGCCAACAAGUGCCGGAGGAAGAACCCAGCGACAAAUGAACCAUGCAUAAAGUGAUGUAGAUUAAACAAUAAAAGUAACAAUAUAAUUGAAA